AACACUGCGUAUUUUGUUGCACUGCUGCCUUUUUUUUUUAAUGUUUUAGUCUAUUUUUAUGUAAAACAAAAAGUACAUAAACGCCAAGCGCAUAAAUGUGCGCACAGCAGCUAAACAAAUAAGUUUCGAAUCGAGUGCCGUCUAUUGCAAAAAUAUACCGUGCUGGAUCACAAAGAGAAUUUGGUGUGGGGGGAAUAUAUAAAAUAAUAAAAGAUUAAGAUUUUAAAAGCGUACGCGAGAUAUCACAAACAACAAACAAACAAAACAAAACAACACACACCAUGGAUGUGGAGGAAAAUUACGAAUCACAAAAUGCCACAGAGACUCCGCCACAGCAGCAACAACAAUUGCAGCAGCAAUCUGGACAAGGACAACAGCAGCAGUUGCAACUGCUGCAGGAUAUGCAAUGCGAACCGCUGUUUGGCAGCACAACCAACACGACAACAACCACAAAUCCAAUGAUGGACACAAACAACAUUGCGAUACCGCUGCCACCGCCACCAGGAAUGGGUUUGGUUGUGUCAGCGACACAGGCGGCGACAACAACGCAGAACAACAAACUGAUUUCGCCGUCGCCGUCGUCGUCAACGCUGCCAACGAACGAUUAUGAUAUUGAUUCGCUGCUGUUGCAACAAUUCAGUUGCAUGGGCACCACAGAUCAUGAGGAUCUGAUCAGUCAGUUCCAGAGUCUCAUGAACAAUCAAAUGAAUCGCGAGUCAUCUCGUUUCUAUCUAGAAAUGAGCAAUUGGAACUUGCAAACUGCCGUUGGUUGCUAUCUGGACUUUUGCAGCGCGCAAUCGUUUCCAUCGAUGAAAAUCGUUCAGGGGCUGCAUGUGAAUGCGCAACAGCAGGCAUUCCAAUUGCAAAACGAUGGCACCGAACGUUGGCCCAUCGGCUGCUUUCUAACAUCGCCCAUACAGACGCAACGCAUCAAUGUGCCGUCCCUGCGUCCUGGCGAAACUUGUGAUAUAUUGGCUGAUCUAAUGCCCACACAGCCGGCGAUUAUGUGGCGCCUCUCCACGCCCUCCGGCUGGCACUUUGGCGAUCCCAUUUGGAUGAUACCGCCGGGCACGCAGGCCAGCCAGGAUGAGCUGCAGCAGCGCAUGGUGCAGCUGAUCACAUCGGAUGCGAAGCCAGAAGUUUAUCCACAGAUCAAAAUCGUGAUAACCGCGCAUACACAAUGAGCUCAGCGCUGCACACACACACCCACACACAUGAUACACAACACACACACACACACAACAACAAUACACUUUUGAUUUCUCUUAAAUUUCGAAAAUGCUUUUGAAUGAGAUUUUGCACAUUUUACUCGCCAUCUUUAAAUCUUAUACCCGCUACCCAUAAAGUAAAUGUAUUCUCGAUCAGUCAUUUUCGAUUUUGUCUGUUUGUCCGUAUUUCCGUAUAUAACAACUACAUAUAUCUUACUUCCCCUUCCACUUCCGUACACCCAAGCAAUAAGAACAAUCAGAUAAAAAAUAAUUUGUCACAGCUGUUGUACAAUUUCGAUUCUAUAGUUUUUUGGUAUAUUUCUAUAGUAUAUUUUGAAUAGAGUAAGUUGUAUAGUGACAUUUUUUUUUCAAUUUUAAUAUUUCUUCCGUAGUAUAUGGAUAUUUUGUUAAAUUUUAGUAUUUCGUCUGUGAAAAUGGCUACCGGGUAUCUCACAGUCGAGCACUCUCGACUGUCGUUCUCUAACUUCUUUUUCUUUUACAUAUUCCAAACAAUUCAAUUUGGAAUACAAAACAAAAAAUGUGCAAAAUUCUUUGUCAAUUUGUCAAAAGUCAUUUUCGUAUUCAAAUUUCAUGUGAAAAGAACAAAAUUUUGAUUACAUAUGCUAUAUUGCUCUUCUCUCUAUUGUAGAUCUACAAUAAUUUUGUAAUUUGUCUAUCGAAGCAUUACAAUUCGAUACGCAAACAAAUCCACACACAAACACACACAUACACA